AGCAGGGCAGCCGGCUGUCAGCCAGCCAUUUCUGCAAAGGAACUUUCACUGUGCUCCACCACCAGUACCCUCCAUUACCCUCCAUCCCGCAGAGCGGCUGCAGCCGAGCCUGUGGGACCGCCUAGUCCCAGCUCGGCUCCCUGUCGGGGGGUCCUGCUGACCAGGCUGCAUCAAUACACCUGUCUUCGAAACAGUUUGCCCCAUGGGGAAUUAAUGCUUCUGAACCUCUGGCUUGUGCAUCUGGCCCCUUGGCAGUCACUGGGAAAUCCAGAUCCUACUCCUUGAGGUUUGGCACCUCUCCUCAGUCCGGAAGAAGUGAGAAGAGCCUCUUCUUUACCCAGAGUCAAAGAAAACCCUCAAAAGAAAGGAAAGAUCUGAUACCUCUUCUAGGAAGAAUCAUGGCACACAACCAGCAGUUUCCAGCCAAGACCCCCAUCAUCAAAUUCAAGGAGCAGGACUUUUACUCCUUGCGGGAUCAUUGCCUAAACAGAGGGCUGCUGUUUGAGGAUGAGACGUUUCCUGCCGAGACUUAUUCCAUAGGUCUGCAGCUCCUCAAGGGAAAAGACCUCUCCAACCUAAGCUGGAUGCGGCCAAAGGAUUUAUUGAAGGGUAAACCAGAGCCUCUCUUCAUCCUGGAAGGUGCGAGCAGAUUCGAUAUCCAACAAGGAGAGGCAGGAGACUGCUGGUUCUUGGCAGCACUGGGGGCCUUGACACAGAGUCCACAGUAUCUACAGAAGAUCCUAAUAGACCAAAGUUUUUCAUACCAGUAUGCAGGGAUUUUCUGUUUUCGGUUCUGGCGGUGUGGCCAGUGGGUGGAAGUGGUCAUUGACGAUCGCCUACCUGUCCUGAACAACGAGUACAUCUUCGUCAAACCUCGCAACAAGCGAGAGUUUUGGCCGUGCCUGCUGGAGAAGGCCUACGCCAAGUUUCAUGGGUCCUAUGCCAAUCUGCACUAUGGCUACCUCCCCGAUGCCCUGGUGGACCUCACGGGAGGGGUGGUCACCAACAUCAGCCUGCACUUGUCCUCGUCUGACCUGAUGACGAUGGUGAAGACGGCAGCAGAGGCAGGCUCUCUGAUGACCUGCGGCACCCUGACCGGGCCCGCAAGCGAGUCCAUGAGGAUGGCAAAUGGACUGGUGAGCCGGCAUGCCUACACGGUGACUGGCGCUGAGCAGAUUGAGUACAGGAGGAGAUGGGAGUAUCUUAUCCGCCUGUGGAACCCCUGGGGCAAGAUUGAAUGGAGUGGGCGCUGGAGCGACCGGUCCCUGGAGUGGCAGGAAACCCACGACCUGCGGAAAAACCAGCUGUAUGAGGAUAAGGACAAUGGCGAGUUUUGGAUGUCAUGUCAAGAUUUCCGAGAUAACUUCUUCGGCCUGUUUAUAUGUAACCAAGUUCCAAUCAGCUUGGACCAUGGAAGCACGCUCCAUGAAAGGUGGUCCCAAAUGAUGUUCAAGGACCACUUAAUUCCAGGAAACACUGAAGGAUACCAGAGGGACAUGCAAUACAUCUUCUCUGUGCCAGACAGCGUGGAAAACAACAAUGUCAUCAUGUCCUUCAACAUUGGGCCACAAAAUUUAAAGGAAAAAGACAGGACAUUUCCACUGAAGUACAAGGUGUUCAAGGUCGACUAUCAGUUCCAGCACUUCCAAGAGAGAUUGCCAUCCACCUUCUUCUCCAAAUUCAGAAUUGCUGAGAAGGGCAUUGUGUCUGAAACCACACGCAACCUCACAGAGUGCUUCAGUCUGAGCCCUGGGACCUACGUGGUGGUCGUCUCCGAGGGCAGAGAAGCUAUUGAGUUCUUGCUCCGAAUCUUCCUGAAGAUGCCAGACAGUGACAGGCACCUGGACGGCAGCCUCAACCUGAGAGCCCUGCAGGCAAGUCUUCCAGGAAAUGGCUCCCAGAAGAGUAUUUUCUACAAGUACGCUCAGCAGGGGCUGGACAUUGAUGCUACGCAGCUUCAGAGCCUUCUCAACCGGGAAUUCCUAAGUGGACCUCCAGGGGACGCGUUCUCCUUGGAUGAGUGCCGCAGCAUCGUGGCUCUGAUGGAUCUGAAGGUGAACGGGCGACUUGACCAAGAAGAGUUUUCAAGGCUGUGGAGCCGUCUUGUCCACUGCCAGAGUGUUUUCCAGAACUCCCCAAAGAAUGCUGACGUUUUUCUCAGCUCGGAUUUGUGGAAGGCCAUAAAGGACACAGACUUCCUUGCAGGGAUCUCCAUCACCAGCGAGCUGCUGGACCUCAUGAAACUCCGGUACAGCGACAGCACUGGGAGAGUCAGCUUCCCCAGCCUGGUCUGCUUACUGAUGCGGCUGGAAGCCAUGGCAAAAGCUUUCCAGAACCUCUCCAAGGAUGGAAAAGGACUCUACCUGACAGAAAUGGAGUGGAUGAACCUGGUGAUGUACAACUGAAGCCAGGAGGAGAACAGGCACCAGAGCCCAGGAGACUGAUCCAAGAAAAUACUUCUAUGACUUAUAUCAAAGAGCAUUCUGCCUAUGUUCUCUUCUUGGAGUUUAACAUGAGGGAAUGUUCAAAUCUCAUUGUUUUACAUGUGACUAUCCAGUUUUCCCAGUGCUACCUGUUGAAGAGUCUGUCUUCUUUCCAUUGUAUAUUCUAGCCUCCUUGUCAUAGGUUAAUUAACUAUAGUUAUGUGUAUUUAUUUCUGGACCCUCUGUUCUAUUCCGUUAUCUAUGUGUCUGUUCUCAUGCCAGUACUAUGCUGUUUUGAUUAUUGUAGCUUUGUAUUAUUGUCUAAAAUCUGGAAAGGUUAUACUUCUAGCUUUGUUCUUUUUCCUCAGCAUUGCUUUAGCAAUUUAGAGUCUUUCAUGGUUCCAUUUAAGUUUUAGGAUUAUUUGUUAUGCUUCUGUGAAAAAUGUUCUUGGUAGUUUGAUAGGAAUUGCAUUAAGCCUGUAGAUUGUUUUGGGUGGUACAGUCAUUUUAAUAAUGUGAAUUAUUUUAAUACAAGAGCAUGGAAUAUCUUUCCAUUACUUUGAAUCAUCUUUAAUUUCCUUCAUCUCACCAACAUUUUUCAUUGUCUAUCUUUUUUGCUUUAGCCAUCCUGGAGGGUAUGAAGUGAUAUCUCAUUAAGGUUUUGACUUACAGUUUCCUGAUAGUUUGUGGUAUUCAGUAUCUUUUUGUUGUCUACUGGCCAUUUGUAUAUCUUCUUUUGAGAAAUGUCUAUUCAAAUCCUUUGUUUAAUAUUUGGUUAUUUAUCAUUUUGUUGCUGAGUUGUAAGAUACACACACACACACAUAUAUACAUACAUAUAUUCUCGUUACCAGUCCCUUAUCAUAUAUGUGAUUUGCAAAAUUUUCUGCCAUGCUGUAGGUUGUCUUUCAAGUUUCUUGAAGGUAUCAUUUUCAGAAUUUGAUCAAGUCUAACUUACCUGUUUUUCUUUUGCCACUUACACUUUCGGUAUUGUGUCUAAGAAAUCAUUGCCUAACUUAAGAUCAUGAAUAUUUACUCCUGUGUUUUUCCCCUAAGAGUUUUAUAGUUUAGCUCUUACAUUUUGGUCUUUGACCCAUUUUGAGGUAGUUUUUGUGUACGGUGUGAUGUAGUGGGUCCAUCUUCAUUCCUUUCCUGCCAGAAGCUUCACCAAGCAAGCCUGGAUGUGCUCCCAUGGUGACAAUACUUCUGUUCCUCUCACUUGUCUUCAACCCAUCUGCCCUCCUCUGACUUAGUAAACUGCAAUAUUAAAACCAAUCAGACAGCUCCUCUUCCCUCCCUCCUGUCACAUCUGUUUCUUUUGAACAAAGCACACACUUCCAUUGUCACACUGGGGGCAAGGUUUAAAGUUGUCUGAAAUAUUGAAUUCUUUUUUUAAAUGUUAAAUAUUUGGCUCUGCUAGGUCUUAGUUGCAGCAUGUAAAAUCUAGUUCCCUGACCAGGGAUAAAACUUGGGCCCCCUACUUUGGAAGCAUGAAGUCUGUCACUGGACCACCAGAGAAGUCCCCCAAAAUAUUGGAUUCUUACUUUAAAUAAUGUUUUAAAUAUUCAUGCUUUGGUAUAUGGUCCUUUGAUAUCUGAGGCUAUGUUGAUCUUAACUGAUUGCAGAGUCUAGAGGUUUCGUACAUGCUAGUCACACCCGCUAACAGUUUGUCUAACUGAUGUCAUCUACAUUCAUGUUGAUCUACAGUCAAUAUGGCAGUAAAGUGCCUUACUCUAACAAAGUUAGUAUUUAGAACAACUUCCCACUACACAUAAAUAAUGUGUCUCGAGGGAUGGGCCACCUCCUCUUACUCUGCAUGAGGGUGAAAUAUGAGCAGCAGAGGCCCAGGUCCUGCUGAUUUACCAACAGCCAUUUUCACAAGAGUGGGUCUACUUCCAUCCUAAUAAAUCCCGUCUCUCCAGCCUUCAGACCAGAGAAAUUCUUUUUGAGAGGCAGGAAUCUGCAUUUGCCUCCACUGAUAAGAAAUCUCCCCACCUCCUUUAGCAAACAUGCACCCGGUGAUUACCAGGCACCUUUCACACCUAGGGUGUCCACCUUUCCAGAGCUGACCUUUAAAGAGAAAUGUAUCAAACUGGGAUGAUAACAUGAACACUCCAAGGGCAUAAACCAAGCAGGAGAAAGCUGGAAUUCAGGAAACAGGAGGCUCAACACUAGAUCCAUCACUGGCUAGGGAACUCCAGAGUGCAGGGCUGUACAGCUAAAUGGGAGAGCCAGAAGCCCAGCGGAAAUCAGGAAGAGCGAUCUUUGGGGAAAAAGGAUCCACCUGCAAUGCAGGAGACCCAGGUUCAAUCCCUGAGUCGGGAUUGAAAACGGAAGUUUUCAGCCUAGCAAAGGAAAGUUUUAUCUAGUCCGACUCUUUGCAACCUCAUGGAGUGUAGCCUGCCAGGCUCUUCUGUCCAUGGGGAUUCUCCAGGCAAGAGUACUGGAGUGGGUUGCCAUGCCCCUCUUCAGGGGAUCUUCCCAACCCAGGGAUCAAACCUAGGUCUCCCACAUUGCAGGCGGAUUCUUUACCAUCUGAGACACCAGGGAAGCCCCAGUCUAAUCACUUAAUCAUGGGUAAAAUAGUGUUCAGAAGGAUUUUGAAUUUCUGCUGGAGGGUUUUGGAAGAAUUAUUAGGAUAAUGACAUAGACCAAGCAGAUUUUAAAAAUGAGGUAAUUAUUAAUUCCUAGAAGAACAAAGACUUCUAGAAGAAAGCAAAUGGAGUUUUUCUUCACUCAGCAGAGAACUGUACAUACAUAAUUGUAAUAAAAUAAAAGUGGAGUAUUGAUUUAAUAAAAUAUGUGACACAAAUAUAUUAGAGAAAAGAAGGAGAGAAGACACAGGCACAAAAGUGGGUUAAGAACACCCCAGCUUCAUCUUCCCUCACAAGACGUCAGUAUGCAUUUAAAAUUGGUAAGUCAAGGGGAUAACCAUAUAAAAUAUUAUUUAGAAGUAAGGAGUUCAGAAGAAAGAGGUAGGAGAGAGGAAUUCCAUAUAGGAGUGGGGCAGGGGACUGCAGUUCUUUCUUCAUGCUUUGUAUGAAUGUCUUGAAUUUUUAAAUGUAUCUUGGGCUGGACUUUUAUGAAAGUAAAUAAGAAAACUAGCAAAUAAUCUGAGAAACGGAGUUUAAGACUCAAGAGAAGAGGAGGGAGAUGGAGAGCAGAGUUGAGACUAUUUCUUUACCACAUGGACAGGAAAGUAGGUUGUUAGAGUUGUAGAAAAAAUGUCCAUGCAAGAACAUCACUUGAAUCCAGGAGAUAAGCCCUUGAGAAAAGCCACUCUUCCCUGGGAGUCCUCUGGACAGAGGACGGAGUUGCCCGUGUUCUCAGCCUUUUGGUCCUGUCCGUGGAGUCAUAGGAACAUCUGUUCCCAACUUUCCUUCCACUCUGCUGCAGGUACUCUGGAGCUAAAGGGACAGUGGUUUGCACUCAGACAGGGCAGAGUAGGGGUGGUAGGGUGGGUCUGGAGAGUUUUGAAGAAUGAAGUAGAGUCACUGCCAUCCACUGGAGCCACGGGUGUGAUGGAGCUCAGCCAGCCUCGCCAGCGCGUGGUACACUCUGUUGCCUGUGGUCCUGAGAGUAGCAUCUGUGGGAAGGGGCCUGCCUCUGCAGUCACUCAAAGAAAGGAAAAGCUUCUUUACUCCUCCUGGGCCUUCUGUGUUUGAGUGUCUGUGUC